ACGAAGUUGUUGGGGUGGAUGCUCGCUCCGCCCCCGCCCCCUCCGGUGUAGUGUAUAGAGUGUAUGGGUGAGGGAGGGGAAGGAUGGGGGAGAGAGCGAGAUAGAGACCGGGAGGGAGAGAGAGAGAGAAGCGCGAGCGCACUCGUUUGGAUUCACUCCACUUUCUCAGCACUCACGGUGCAGUCGCGCGACCUGCUCCGUGCUGAACCGGGAGGCGGACAGAGUUUGAGGCGGCUGAGCGGUGACCGCGCGUCGGAGUGGGAACUACCCGGAGACCCGCUGCUGACAGCUCCCGGACCUUGUGUUUGUUGCUCGGGUCGUUUUUUUUAAAAAAAACAAAACAAAAAAACAAAAAACAUUUCUGCCCUGUCCCGGUGCUCUGUCCAUCUCAACCCCAACAUCUCCCACGCGUGCCACCAGCGGAGGAUGCUGCUGCUGCCGCCGCUGUCCGUAAAGCCCGGGCGGCGAUAACGUUUCUGCGGAGUAACUGAGUGACCCACCCCUCCUCGCCCGGACGGGUCUGCCCCACCCCCCUCCUCCUCCUCCCCGGCUGGACUCCAGCUCCAGCCGCUCCUCCGGUGAGAGGAAGGACUGUCGGGCUGACGCGCAGCGCUGAUCACGACACUCAGAGUGGACAGAGAUUUGAGAGAAAUUGGAGUAAUCACCACCCCUGGCUGUCUGACUGGAUUGUUUGGUUUGUUUAGAGAUUUGAUUUUCGGGAUUCUUAUUUUUCUUUUUUUUUUCCCGGGAGGUCUGGAGCGGCUCCGUCUUGGUACCGAGGAGGAGCGGAGCCUGUAGCCAGGCUGGAGCGCUCAGAGCCGGGGAACCACGCAGCUCUUACCCGGUCCAGAGCGGUGUUUUCUGGCAGAGACAUGGCGGCGCCGAGGUGUGAAGCUUUGUUCUUUUUAGCUGCCGUCCUGCUGGUGUCUUGCAGCGCCGCGCCCACUGACAUCCUCUAUCGGGUUCUUGAGGAGCGACCGCCCAACACGGUGAUUGGCAGCCUGGCGACAGACCAGGGCCUGCCCAAUGCCGGUCAUCUCUACAAGCUGGAGGUGGGUGCGCCGUACCUGAGGGUCGAGGGCUCGACCGGUGACAUCUACACCACCGAGAUCCCCAUUGACCGUGAGACGCUGAGAGACUGCCGCAACCUGUUCGAGGGCGACAAAUGCUACCUGGAGUUCGAGGUGUCGAUCACUGACAUGGUGAAGGGUAUCGGCACGGGGCCGCGGCUCAUUGAAGGUCGCAUCGAGGUCCUGGACAUAAAUGACAACACGCCGCAGUUCUCCUCGCCUAUCCUGACUCUGUCCAUUCCCGAGAACACGCACAUCGGCGCCCUCUUCUCCAUCCCCAUGGCCACUGACAGAGACUCGGGGAGCAACGGCGUGGCAGAUUACUCUCUUAGCAGUAGCACCGGAUCAGACGCUGACCAGCUCUUCAGCCUGCAGGUCGCCGUGGACGCGGAGGAGAAGCUGCCACAGCUGGUCGUGAUGGGCAACUUAGAUCGUGAGAUGAAGGACUCGUAUGACCUGAACAUCAGGGUACAGGAUGGCGGGAAUCCUUCGAGGGGCAGCAGUGCUCUGCUGAGAGUUACGGUGACCGACCAGAACGACUGCACUCCGAAGUUUGAGAAAAGUCACUACGAAGCUGACCUACCAGAAAACAGUCCACCGGGACACUCUGUACUGCAGGUCAAAGCCAACGACGCAGACACUGGACUCAAUGGAGAGAUAGACUACAGCCUCCAUCAAGCAUCAGAAUCUGUCCAAAGGCUUCUGCGCAUUGACCGUGCAACAGGCAUCGUCUACGUCAAAGGUCUUGUGGACAGAGAAGAAGAAAACUUUCUCAAGUUCUUUGUGGUGGCAAGAGAUCGUGGACCGAAUUCCAAGAGUUCCAAGGUCCUUGUGACCGUACACAUCAAGGACCAAAAUGACAAUGCACCAGCCAUUGAGAUCCGUGGUAUUGGCUUGGUAACACAUCACGAUGGUGUGGCCAACAUUUCUGAGGAUAUGCCCAUUGGUACACCAGUGGCACUGGUCCAGGUGUCAGACCGUGAUGAGGGGGAAAAUGCUGUGGUGACAUGUGUUGUUGCUGGUGAUGUUCCAUUUCAGCUUCGUCCCGCAAGUGAGUCAGCCAACGAUCGGAAGAGAAAAUACUUCCUGCAGACAACAACCCUGCUGGAUUAUGAGCGUAUUAAGGAUUACAGGAUUGAAAUAGUCGCUGUGGAUUCUGGAAACCCAGCUCUGUCCAGCACUAACGCUCUCAAAGUCCAGGUUACAGACAUUAAUGAUAAUGCACCAAACUUUUCUCCUUCAACUGUUGAGGUGGACUUUGCAGAAGGCAACCAGCCAGGAGACAAAGUUCUAGACAUUGUGGCGACAGAUGCAGACAGCGGCACAAACGCAGAGUUGUUCUAUAGCAUCACUGAGCCAACCGCCAGAAGGCUCUUUAAAAUUAAUUCCAGCACUGGAGAAGUUCGUGUGAAUCACUCAUUGGAUCGGGAAGAAAAAGAGCGUUAUGAAUUCCGUGUAAUUGCAGCAGACAAGGGUGUGCCUAGUAAAACCGGCACUGCCACGGUGGUGGUGAAUGUUCUAGAUUGCAAUGACAAUGACCCGAAGUUUACACUGAAUGGCUAUAGCUUCUCUGUCAUAGAGAACAUGCCUCCACUCAAUCCUGUUGGUGUAGUGACAGUCAAUGAUGCAGAUAAGGAUGAGAAUUCCCAAGUCAGGCUGUUUGUGGAACAGGACAAUGGCAUGUUUCUCAUCCAGAAUGGCACAGGAACCAUCCUGUCAAGCAUCUCCUUCGACCGUGAAAAGAAGAGCACCUACACGUUUCAACUAAAGGCUGUGGAUGGUGGUAACCCACCUCGAUCCUCCUAUGUGGGUGUGACCAUCAAUGUCUUGGAUGAAAAUGAUAAUGCCCCAUAUGUUACCAGGCCGUCUAACUCGUCCUUUGUACACCUACCAGUUGGGACCCGACCAAACACACAUGUGGAGGUGGUAAAAGCUGAGGACAUUGAUGCUGGACUCAAUGCUGAGCUAGAGUAUACCAUCAUAGGUGGAAAUCCAUAUGAUCUGUUCCAAAUAUCUACCAAUGAUGGGGAAAUCACAGCAGCGCAAGAAUUAACCCCCAAGUAUAAUGGGCUACAUCGGCUGGUAGUGAAGGUUGUUGAUAAGGGCAAACCUCCUCGUAACACCAUUGCACUAGUUCAUGUUUUUGUAAAUGAAACGAAAUCAAAUGUCUCCCUCAUUGAAGCGCUGGUUGGACACAGCCUCUACACCCCUUUGGACAGGGACAUUGCCGGAGAUCCCAACUAUGCCUAUUCUCAGCAAAGCAAUAUUCUGUAUGGCAGUCUUGCCGGUUUUGCUGUUGUCAUUUUAGUUAUAGUUGCCGUGGUCCUCAUCAGACGCUGGGUACAGAAGGAUACCAAGAGUGGUUACCAGGCCGGCAAGAAGGAGAGUAAGGACCUGUAUGCCCCAAAGCAGGGCCCUAAAAAUGGCAAAGGGAAAAAGAGCAAAAAGGGGAAGGCUCCAAAACCAGCUAAGACAGGAGAAGACGAUGAGGACGCCAGUCUACAAAAAGGCCUCAAAUUCAACUUAAUCAAUGAGAAUGUCAAUGACAGUCCCAGAAUCCACCUGCCCCUUAACUAUCCACCAGGGAGCCCUGAUCUGGGGCGCCACUAUCGCUCCAACUCCCCGUUACCAUCCAUCCAGCUGCAGCCACAGUCACCAUCUGCCUCCAAGAAGCACCAGGCUGUUCAGGACCUCCCUGCCACCAAUACCUUCGUGGGGACGGGCGACAACAACUCUACUGGCUCCGACCAAUAUUCGGAUUACAGCUACAAGGCCAACCCACCCAAAUACAGCAACAAACAGCUGCCCCACCGUCGAGUGACCUUCUCUACGGCCAAUCAGGCGCAGGAUCUGCAGGACGCAUCCCAGCACAGCUAUUACGACAGCGGCUUGGAGGAGUCGGAGACCCCCAGCUCCAAGUCAUCGUCGGGGCCGCGGAUCGGGCCUCUGGCUCUGCCGGAGGACCACUACGAGCGGACCACACCUGACGGCAGCAUCGGCGAGAUGGAGCACCCGGAGAACGAUCUCAGGCCUCUUCCCGACGUGGCAAUGACCGGUAAAUGCACCCGGGAGUGCACCGAGUUUGGCCACUCUGACUCCUGCUGGAUGCCCGGCCAGCCUUCUCCCAACCGCAAGGUAUCCAAGAAUGCCCCCAAGCUCUCCACCUUCGUGCCUUACCAAGAGAUGGACGGGCAGGAGCAGCUGAUGGCCAACGGCAGCCCCAAGCCCCUGCCGAUGGAGGAGCGUGGACCAGGUGGCGGCGGCGGUGGCAGCAGCUCCAAAGUGGCCAACAUGCGUUUCAUGACACCCUACAGCAGUGCCUACCCCAGUGGCGGAGAUUCAUCCAGUAAAGACUGUGGGAUGGAGGAGAUCCCGCUGAGCCAGGCGGUGGAGUACCACUCAGCUACCACUCCAACCGGCCAAACCUCCAAGAGGGAGAUCUACCUGUGAGGGCACAGCUCUCCACCUUAAAACCCACACUCAUCGCCCAGCGCUCCCCACCGUGCCCGUCGCUGCUCGCCACCACCUGUCGCGCCCCCUCACAGCUGCCCCCUGUGCCUAUAACUUGCUGUGCCACAGCACCUACUCCCCCUUUUACCUUUUUUAUAAAUGCAUCUACCUACAAGGCUUUAGCCCCCUCCACCUCUGCCCACAGACACCCCCACCCCCUGCAAAAACCAAUCACAUGUAAAAUAGAAGAAAUUCAAAUCAAUUAAUGAAAAUGCGGCUUGAGCUGCUUUGGAAGGAAUGUAAACUACACCACAUUGUUGUGAUAAUUUAAAUGGGAAACUAUUUAGCUACUCACGUUUUUCAGCUGGAUUUUUUGUGUUGCUUUAGCUUUGUUGCUGUGUGGGACCAGAAAACAAAAAAAAAAACCCAAACCUUCCGGGGGGUGAAGGGAAAUAACUUCUUGUAAAUCCUACUUAAGUAUACUGUGUAUUGCUAUCUAUCCUCAUUUUCUUUUUUUGGAUUUACUUUUCUUUUUAGUUUUCCUCUGUCACCUUCGAAGACACAGGGAAAUACUACGUUUUUAAGCCAAGUUGCAUCAAAUCAACUGGCUUGUUUUUGUCAGGAGCAGCUCAUCGUUAACGUGAGACGUUUGUAGAAAGACAGCUGUUUUCCAAACUCGAGAUAUUUAGGGUUUUAUUUCUUUAUUUUGCUGUGGAGAAUCUUUUUUUUCAUUGUACAGGCUGUAAAUAUUACAAACAGUGACAGUGGAAACUGCUGUGGCAGAGCGGAUCCAUGGCCGUUAAUCUUUCUGCAGCUCUUCAUGUAACACUGGACUGAAAAUGGUUGCAUGUAGAGAGAAAUGAUGCCGUGGCAUUCGCCGUCACACUGCAGGAACCUGGACUCUUGAGCAUCACCAACGGUGCCGAGUUACAAACACAAGACUUUUUAAUCAUUUUUCCUCUGCUGUCUAACACUGGAACACGGUGGAAUUUACGUUAACGAGGAAGCAGAAACAUUAGAGGCGCACCGAUACAACUUCAUACAGAACCGAAGGAAACCUAAGUGCUUCUUUCAGAGUCUCAGAAUCUAAGAAGCGAUUAUAUUAUUCAUGCUGUUGUCAGUAGUAUACCAUAAUAUGAUAAACUUAAACAUGAAUGUUACAGAAGGGUAUCCAAAAAUAGUCAAAUGGUGGUUUUCUUGCAUCAAACUGAUCGUUUUUCUUUCUGGCAUCGAAUUAUCUUCCACCUGUGUUAUGAUACAUUCACAUGUGAGAGACCUAAAAGUUUAAAGUGCUCAGCUUAAGGCAACAUUGUUCAUCAGAAAAAAGAAAUGAUUACUCUGUCAAAAAAUCCAUUUAUUGUGCAGUUUCUGAAUACGGAUUGAUUAUGAGCAUUUGCAUUAAUGAAGCCGAAAAGGUAAAAAAAAAAAAAAAAAAAAGCUUUUCAAAUUAGUUAGAGUUUCGGCUUCUCCAGUCUGAAGACUUCCUGCUUUUCUGUAUAUCAUUCUGAACUUAAGUGAGUAGGUUUUAGUUUGUCCAGUGGCUCCAGAUCUCACAAAUCUUUUGAGAUUAAAAUUUUUAAUCCAGUUGAUCCCAAUAAACAACUCAAUAAAGUGUUAAUGAAGAAUCAUCACAGCUGUAGCUCUAGUCCAUGACAGCCUGGAAGCUUUUAUUUCAGACUCAAUAAAAACGUUUGUCUUGUGACAUCACAGGAAAGGUUUAGAAGGAAUUCAAAUACCAGGGUUCACACUCCAGGGAGCAGAGCGGGAUCCGUGCAUUGCAAUCUGUUGGAUCUCAAAAUUUCUGAUGCUUUGCAUCAUCCCCAAAGAACAUGAAUGUUCAGGCAUUAUUUCAUAAAAAUCUUCUUGUAGUUGUGAAUCAAAUCAUAAUCAUCUUUGAGAUUCAGCCUCUGAAGAGCAUGAAUAUCCACAGGGAGUGUAAUAUUGCUCUGUUUGCUACCACUUUAGGGUCAAAGUCACUGCCUACAAUAAGUACUACAUGAGUAUCUGUAUUCAUGCAGUCAGUGUCUACUAUUAUCACCAUGCCUGCUUGCAACUACAUGACACCAAGGUCGUUGCUGACCAUUGACCAAAGCAGAGCUGUGACUAGACUACAUUCAAUUCGAUGUUUAUAAAAAAGGAUCACCCAGCCUCAUGACUCACGGAGCUUACAGUGUUGUAAGGUGGGGUGGGUGUGGCUUAGAAGCUCAACCAGGUCAUCUACUAAUUAGAAGGUCGAUGGUUCAAUCCCUAGCUGCUCCAGUCUGCAUGUCAAAGAACUGGUAUAAUUCUGAACCCUGACGUGUGAAUAGAUAGGAAGCACUUAGGCAUGCAGUAAUGGGUGAAUGAGGCUUGUAGUAUAAAGUGCUUUGAGUGCUCAAGGAGAGUAGAAAAGCGCUUCAUAAGUAUGAGGCCAUUUACCAUUUUAAAGCGUGCCCACAGGAAGCAUUACUGAUUUUAUUUGCUUCUUCAGAGGUGAUCAUCAUCAGCAUCACAUCCAUGUCGCACUUCUUACCACUGCUAGCUUGGAAGGCUACAGCGUCGGGAGCUCACUUUUAGAAAGUAAAUGAAUAUAAUCUAAGAUUAAUGAUUUCCAAAAUCUUCACUUAAUCUUUCAAAGCUUAGCAGAGAGCAGAGAUGUUGUUCGCGAUGCCUGUUUUGUUUUUGGAGGCAGUCCCACAAGCACAAAGCAGCUGUAGGCUUCCUGAUGCUGACAGUCCACAGAGUGUUAUGGCUCCUUUAUCCUUUACAGCUGUGGUGGGCUUCAGUGUGUUUGUGGUGACUGUGGUGAAUGUUUCCCUGCUGUUUUUCGAGCUUGAAGGAAGAGCUCUCCAGUCUUUGUCGCUGCUCGUUAUUUCCCACCUCUUUACCUUCUCAGUGUGAGGCCGAGCCGUGCAGCGUUUAGCAGAAGUAUUUAUUAAACCUGUUAGCUGUGUGCAGCGGGGGAGGUGGCUGCCAUUUCCUGCAGUGCUGAAGUCGCACAGGAAUGCAGGAUUAAUGACACCUGUACAGGCUCGAGUCCGCUAACACCCCCUCCGCACAGCACAGCACAGCACAGCACAGAAACUCUAAUUACAACCUGAGGCUCGGCAUAUUACCGGCAAUAAUUUGCACCAGUAAAAGUGAGCUGGUUUGGAAGUUCAUUCAUUCCGAGGCUCAUGUUAAUGGCUGCUGAGGAUAAUGUGAGAUUUCACCUGUAGUGAUGCACGCCAGCUGGGAGUGGAUGGAUGAAAGGAAAGGCACAGUGAGAGAGUGUGCUGCAAAAAAUCUCCCGAACAAGUCAUUUAGUCUCACACUGAGCUGGAAAGUCAUAAAAUAAAGCAAAAACUGUGGUGAUAUUAUUUUCACCCGCGUCCAUCCCAGUCUGGGAUUUACCUGACAGCUUCUCAGGCAACUGAUUAAAACAUUUACAUUUACUCUGAUGUAUAUUUUCAGGAAGGCUUGUACAACUCCAACCUAGAAUCAAGGUCAGAUGUUGAGUUUUAGUCAAGAGCCAUUUCGGAACAUGCACAUAUUCACCCAGAGGAGAACUACUUCCAGCAAAGUACAACUGGUGGCUGAAAUUAAGCAACAUAUUUUCAGAAUUUACAAGAAAGUCGUUCAAUUUUGUUCAUUUUUCUCAAGGCCCUCUCUUUUAUUUUUAUUCUCUUUUAUUCAUGUCCCCAUAUAAAACUACUACCAAAAACGCAGACAGUAAGAUAGGCAUUAACCAGUCCAUGUGUGAUUGUCAGUUGCAUCAGAAGAAUCCACAGUCUGUGAGACUCUUGGAUAAUAGAAGCACGGCCACCUCUGUUUGUGUCACCUGGUGCGAAUUUGGAUCAAUUCACAUUUUUGCACAGAGAGAUAAUCACAUAACACAAAAACUCCGCUUUGCAUUUAGUCUGAACACAGCAUAACAUGCACCUUUUUCUUUUUGCAUAAGCAUUUUUGGGCCUGAAGAAGAAAUAGUAAUGCACAUCUACUAGGUGUCCAUAAUUAGAGAUUUAAAAAUAUAAAUCCCUUUGCCUUAACAGCUUCAUCAAAUUAAGACGGAGAAUAUAACUCUUCAUGUCUUCUAAUAAUUGUUGAAAGGCGCUACAAAAUCUGGUAAUGUUGCAAAGACUGGUUAAAAUGAAAAGUGCAUGUGCAGACUCUGCAUCCAAAAACUGAUUUUGAUCUGUAAUCUGAAUACCAGCAGAUUUACCUGACCCACUGGAUUCUGGAAGGAGACAGAUGUCCUUUUGGGCUUCCGUCAGGAAGGGUGUUCAGCAUUAAACAAAUCUAACAAAUGAAACGUGCGGAGCUACUCACUGUGACGAGCCAUUAGGAAAAAGAGAAUAGCUGACAGUAGCUUUAUCUGCAGAUUUGUCAGUCCAUCAAUUAAAAAACAAAAUGUUCAUUUUAAUUAAAAAACCUCUUCAGUUAAUCCUACACAUUUAUAGGACUUAUACAUGAAAGAUAUUAAAUUCUGCUAGAAAGUGAAUCUGCCUCAUGUUGUCAUUUCCAGAACUGCUGCCUUCCAGAAAAAGGCAACAGAUUUGUGACUGUCUCACUCACACGAGCACAAAAGUCUUGAUGAGCCUAAAUGACUAGUCAUUAAUGUUUUGCAGCAUGUGAUAUGAACAUCCUUUUUUCACAAUCAAAGAGGGAACAUCAAAGCGAUGCCGACAAGCUGAGAUGCCAGCGAAGAAAACACGGCAAAUUGGGGCUAUCGGAAGGGUCACGCAGAGGUCGUGUUAUUGUUCUAUUAGGCAAACAGUCGCCUUCACCAAGAGUUUCACAGUGAUUCGUGGCGCUGCCUUUGUGCUGGUGUUUUUGAUGCGUAAUUGCUUCUUAUUGUACAUACAUUUAGCAUUUGGUGUGUUGAAGCUCUCCGUGUGGGCUGUGUGUGGUUCAAAGCGAGGUUUCUCCGUUGCCUCGACGAUAUUUGAUUUUUGAUUGAUGCAUCUCCUUCUUAAGAACCUGCACACACGGUCAUUGUGUUCUGCAUAUAAGUCAGCCAUCAUUCAACCACCAUUCAGUCCUCACUGUGACACAGAUUUAGAGUUCAUAGGCCCCAGCGCCGCUCCUCGCCUUCCCCAUUCUUCCUCGGGUGAUUUAAAGCUCAGAGCUCGGAUUGAUUAUUUACAGGCCAACCUUAGAGGCCCAUGUUGACUUUCCUCCUUCCUUUUCCCCUUGCCACGCUUCAAAUUCAGCGUGAGUGAGUAAUUAUAUUCUCUUCUGUGAUGCUUACCCACAGCCUGGAUGGGCGAUAAACUCCCAAGUGCCCGAAGUCUUAUGCUGUGCAAGGCAAAGAUAUGGGAGAGGGGGAGAGGUCAUAUAGCAUCGGUAUAACCUCAGCUCUUUCUCAGCAAUUAACCCCAGACAAAGAAAAAUGAACCCUGGUAAUACCUGAUGACCUUUGGUGAACUCUGCUGUCGCUGUUUGCUCUUUAGGCCUCCCGUAGUUUUGCUUGUGCAUUAAAGCAAACACAGGUACUGCUGGCAUGUUUGCACAGUAACAUCAGGCUUACGAUGCUUAUUACAGGCAUGAAGAAAUGUGUCAGGGCUUGAGCAUCCCUAUAUUAGAGGUCCAAAAGUACGUGGACAUGUAAAUGUUUGCGUCUUAUUGUUAAACAUGUGAUUACAAUAACAACCCUUGGAGCUGAAAAAUGAAGCAAAGUGUGAAGUGUCAGAACUCCCAUGUUUACUGCAGCCUUGUGGACAGCGUCCUCCAAUUGUAGGGUGAAUUAUUAUUAUUAUCAUUAUUAUUUUAAUAUUAUUAUUAUUUUAAAUUCAUAUGGGUGUGUGGCCACUUUGAUUGACCAAAUUAGCCAUUCAGUACCGGCUAGUCCUCACCUUUGUUAAUCAGAGUCACUAAGCUGGACUUCUCAAUUGUAGUUGUGCUGUCGGUGUACUUUGAGCAUUUCUAAUGGGUUUACUGGAUAAAUGAAACAGCUUACAUUGCGAUACAGCCCAUACAAGAAGUCUUUGCUUCCACUGUGAUGUAUGAAUUUCAGUAUUUCAUUAGUAUCUUAGCUGAUGAGUGGGUCUGUGUGUUGAGGUGGAGUGCUAAGUAAUCAGCUUACUAUGAUGCUUCAAAAUGUGGAGCCCACAGCCAAUGGGAGAGGUCAUGGUGGCUACAUCCAUCCACAUGCAGUCGAUUACAUCAUCAUGAGUACCAGCAGAUUUUGGAACCCAGUAACAGAAAUUUGCAGUUGUUUGGUAACGACGCCUGUCAUGCGGUCCAGCUUAUCCCAAAGGUGUGAGCUGUGGUUGCAGACAGGCUCAGGUUACAGCAGAGUGGGAAAACCAUUUUGAGAAAACUUUUCUUCUGUUCUUUUUUCAACUAAAGCACAGAGUCAAACUAUGAAGUUCAAAAAAUCUGAAUAAAUGUGGAUUAGUUCAGUUACAACCAGCCAUACCAUAUAUGGAGCAACAGUCAUUUCAGACUUUUUUGCAAUGUUAGGUAAAAACCCCACAUCAAAAGGAGAACCAGCAAGAACUUGGUAACAGUCAGUGUUGGGUGCAGUAAUGCAGUAAUGUAAUGUGAGUGUAUGCAGACUCCAGCCCAGCAGCCGGAGACUGAAGAUCAGCAGGUAACAGAGGCAGUGAUGAGCAGUCAGGGUUACACCUCAGUUUCUACCUGUUCAUUUUUCUAAACUAGAAUCAUCGUGGGGACGGCUUUAAAGUCUGUUUUCAUCUGGUUUCCAUCUUUGCUUUGUGCUGUGUUCAUAUGUAAAUACUAAAGGAUCGUAUAUCCUCAUCAGAAAUAAGGAUUUAUGUCGGUGUGUGGGACUGUAGCGUAAGGUUUACAUUAACUGGUGAUUAUGAGACAAUGUGUUUCAGAUAAUCCUGCAUAGUAACAAGAAAUUAAUAAAUGAGUAGUGUAACAAAUUACUUUCUCUGGUGAGCAUACUGCAUUACUUUUAAGAAACAUGACAAGUAAUGUGUAAUGCAUUACUUUUUUAAGUAAAACAGGGUUCUGGUGAGGAAGGAGAAAUUCUUUUUACCAUAAAGACCCCUGAGCCAACAAAGCCA